AUGGAACUAGUCCAUCAGCUCCAUGAGAGGUUAAGGCCAGUGAAGUUGUCAUCUGAUCGGGAGGACACUGUGGUGUGGAAGUUUGAAAAUAGAGGUAUUUUUUCUACUAACUCUGUGAUACAGGCCAUACAAUUGGAGACACUGUCGGCCGAGAUCAUGAGCUAUAGUUUCACGAGUUCCCUUUGGAAAGGUUUCGUACCUCCAAGAAUUGAGCUUUUCGGGUGGUUUGUGCUAGUUGGUAGAGUUAACACCAAGGAGAGGUUGACUAAAUUAGGAGUUAACAUUAUGAGUGAUAGUAUGUGUAUACUGUGUACCAAGGAAGUAGAAUCUGCUGAGCAUUUAUUUCUUCGGUGUGAGGUAACAUGGCAGGUGUGGUGCAAGUGGUUGAGGUCACUUGGUAGAGACUGGGUAAUUCCUGGAACCACUAAAGAACUGUUUGAGAGUUGGCGUGGCAUGCACAAUAGACAACAAGGGCAGAAGUUGUGGAUGACCACGUUCUUUGCAGUGAUUUGGAACAUCUGGUUGGAACGUAAUGCACGGAUCUUCAAGAAUAAAAGAGCAAGUCUUGAGGCAAUUCACACAAGGACGGUGUUGAGCUACACAGAAUGGCGUGCUUGUGAUCCUGUGGGAGGCUGA